CGUCACCGUGCUUCUGCUUCAGCUUCAGUAGUGCUCACAUCUCCCCCACCCUCCCAAGAAGAGGAGCAAAGGCCGGCGAGAGAGCAGAGCAGAUCCUUCCCGUUCCCGGCGACAACCGUUGGAGAGGAAGACAGCCGGCGACAGCCAGCGACCGCAUCGGCAUCGCCGUCUUCUUCCCCACCCCACCCCACCCAGUUUGCCAUCAACAGCACAUCAUGCAGAGGCCCAGCAAACUGCCUGCCGUCUCUCUCCCCGGACGCCCUACCUUUUUCGUACCCCAAGGCUGGCCUGACCUCCCAGAUUGCUUGCUUCACUCCAUCGUUGAUCGGCUGGGCUCCUUCCGAGACCUUCUUGGCUUCGCCGCGACAUGCCCCUCGUGGCGUUCUGCCUUCUCCUCGUACCCAUCAAAAUCCACGUUCCUCACAAAAUUACCACCUCUCCUCAUCCAGCCCCAUAUUCGUGCACAAGGUCCGCUUCUUCCUUGUACCAGUGGUUGUCGUGAGCUAUACCCAUGUAAGGUUGUUGAUCCAGCCAACCGAAACGCCGCCCUUCGCUGCUGGAUCCCUCAAGAUACCCUGGAGAAGAUGACAUUUAUUGGAUCCUCCUAUGGUAAGCUCAUCUACUACUGCAACGGAUACUGUCGCAUCAUCGAUGUGUUCACCGGCGACGAGGUCGCAACUCCACGUCUCCCAUCCCAUGCUGGAUGUUCAAAACUUCACUUGGCUGGCAUUCUAACAGCCCCACUUGCAUCACCCAACUCACAUCUCCUUGUCAGUACCGAGUCCUUCCUGCUUGAUCUGCAUGUUGGAAACGACUCUUGGUCCGAACUCCAGCUUCCUUGUCAGUUUGUAAUAGACCAUUUUGUGGAGUUGGAUGGUCAGCUCAUUGUCUCGAAUAGCUAUGGGAGAUCCUACGCUCUGCAGCUGGCCCCUCAGCAUGGCCUGCAGGAGAUAAAAACCAAGCCUGUGGGAGGAAGGCCGGUGGUAGGAAGGCUUGUGGUUUGUGGUGAUAUGCUUCUCAUUCUCAGUUUUGGCGAGUUCCACCGCCUCGACAUGUCAACCGAGCCCGCGACACGGGUGGCAGUGGAGAAGCUGGGCGAGCGGGCACUGUUUGUAGGGGCGGAAGCGAAGAGCACGGCACUUUCUUGCAUGAGCCCGGAGCUAUGGGGAGGAAGGAGCGACAUCGUGUACUUUGCUCGUACAGCUCGACCUUGGUAUCUCUAUAGGCUGUGUGGCAGGCCAGAUCGCUUGCAGGAUAGACCAACACGACCAACACGCGUUGAACCCGCAGGCUUUGGAAGCACCCCAGUGCAGUCAUCAGUUCGGCCGCUCUGGCUGUACCCAAGCAUGUUCUACUCGGAUGGCCAAUAAAUGAUCCGUGCCUGCCAGCCAGCACCAGCUUCAUCUGAGAUUUCCCUUUGAGAUCCAGGGAGUAGACAUUGGUUUUUGCUGCAUGCAUGGGUAGAAUAUGCUACUCGUGGUAUUCACUCCUGCUCCCUCCGCUCCUGUAUUUUGUUUGUUGAACUUGAUAAGUUUUAACUUUUGUGGUGUUGGCACUGGCUUUACUAGAAGAAUAACUCGGUUAUCCGACUUUUACCAA